CAUCACUCAUCAUAACCAUCGUGUACCAUUUAGAAGAAAAAAAAAAGAAGAAACAAGAAACCCUUCCUUUGUGCCUCAUCUUCUCCAUUUCAUCGUUUUCAGUUCACCGCUUCAUCUUCUUUUCAUCUUUCCAUUUCCAUUACACCAUCUCAAUCAUACCCUAUUCACCUUGUUCUUUCAAAACCCUAAAAUCCCUCUCAGAUUUUCAAUCGAUUCCAAAACCCCUAAAAUUCGUCGGAUUUUCAAUUGAAUAAAAAACCCCUAAAAUUUAUAUUGCCUUUCAAUUGUUCAAUCAAUCACUGUGAAACACUCCAAAUCUUUCUGAAUCUCUAUUUUUAAGAUCUAGACCCUGAGCAAGAAAGUUUUUAAGAAACCCACUUCAAAUCGCACAACCUUCUGGUGCGUGUUCUGUACCUGGGUGUUUUUUUUCUUCUAGAUUGCAAGUGGUAAAGACUGAUUCUCUUAAUCAACGCCUUCCAGUUCCAACUAUUUUGAAUUUUGGGAAAAGAGAGAUUUCCCUUAGAUAUCUAGUGCAAAGAAGGAUUAUUCGACUCACAACAAAUUGAAGAACGCUUUUUAGUCAAGUGAAUAUCUUCAUUGGAAGUCUGGUGCAAAGAAAAACAAUUUAAGUCAACAAAUUAAAGAACGCUUUCUAGUCAAGGUGUCUUUAUUAAUGGACAAGUCUUGGAUUGCUAAGCUACAUAAUACAAACGAAUAUUUAAAUGGCUUGAAUAUAUUCUUAGACUUUGCUUUUAAGAAGGACCCUACAGUACGAUGUCCAUGUCCUGUAUGUGGGUUUUUAAAAUGGGAAACUAGAGACGUAGUUAAGGAUCACUUGCUUUGUAGACCAUUUCCCAAAAACUAUGUCAUAUGGGAUCUUCAUGGCGAGAAGCGACUACCGGUUGCUUCAAGAAACGAAGAUAUUGUGCAAGAGAUGUUUUGCUUUGAAAAUCCAAUGGAAACUAUGAUCAAUGAUGCAUUUGGGAACCAUAGACCAACCACUAAUAUAGAUGAAUCACAACCAUUGGGUGGUCCUGAUAUAUUAAAUGAAGGGUUAAGGGAGGAGCAGAGUAGUUUUCGUGAGUUUAUCGAUGACGGAAAUCAGUCACUUUAUGAAGGAAGUAAGUACACAAAACUAGAAUUUUUAACUAAAUUAUAUCACAUAAAGGUUUUGUGUGGAUUAAGUGACAAAGCAAUGAAAAUGAUAUUUGAUCUAUUGAGAGACGCAUUUGAACAAGCAAAAUUCCCCCCUUCUUUUUAUGAGGCUAAGAAAACCAUUCAAAAACUUGGUCUUAAUUAUACAAAGAUAGAUGCAUGUCCAAAUGAUUGUAUGUUGUAUUUGGGAGAUGAAGAAAAGACCUUGGAAAUAUGCAAGCAUUGUGGAACAUCCAGAUGGAAUCCAAAUCAUAAAAUGAAGAAAGCGGCAAAGGUUCUUCGUUACUUUCCAUUGAAACCAAGAUUACAAAGACUAUUCAUGUGUUCAAAAACCGCAGAGCAUAUGAGAUGGCAUGCUUUGGAAAAUAAUAAGGAUGGGUUGAUGAGGCAUCCUAGGGAUGGUGAGGCAUGGAAGAAUUUUGAUUUGAUACAUCCUGAAUUUGCAUUUGAUCCACGAAAUAUUCGCUUAGGACUUGCUAGUGAUGGUUUUAAUCCUUUUGGUAAAAUGAGUACUUCAUAUAGUAUUUGGCCUGUUUUCUUAAUUCCCUAUAAUUUUCCUCCGUUGAUGUGUAUGAAGCACACAUCCUUCAUCUUAUCAAUUAUCAUUCCUGGAAAGGAGGUGCCUGGAAAUAAAAUAGAUGUAUAUUUACAACCCCUAGUGAAAGAGCUAAAAGAUCUUUGGAAAGAUGGUGUUGAGACUUUCGAUGCAUCAACUAAUGAAACUUUUUGAAUGCGAGCAGCUCUUCUUUGGACAAUUAGUGACUUUCCGGGCUUAAGUAUUCUCUCUGGGUGGAACACAUAUACUGGGUUGGCUUGUCCUACUUGUAACUUUGAUGCAGAACCUUGUCGUCUUCCGCAUAGUAAAAAGUGGUGUUUUAUGGGUCACCAUCGUUUUUUAAGCAAAAACCAUAGGUUUAGAUUAAACCGUAUUCGUUUUGAUGGAGGUGUGGAGGAAAGAAAUCCACCAUUAAAAUUGUCUGGAUUUGACAUUUUGAGGCAAAUGGAAAAUCCUAAUAUUACAUGUAGGAGGGGAAAAAGAAAUAGACAAGUAGUUAAGCAAUGGAAGAAGAGAAGCAUAUUCUUUGAACUUCCGUAUUGGGAGUUAAAUUUACUGCGUCACAAUUUGGAUUUUAUGCAUAUUGAAAAAAAUGUAUGUGACAAUGUCAUGUAUACUCUACUUCAUGACAAGUCUAAAUCAAAAGAUCAUCUCAAUGCUCGAAAAUAUUUGAAAGAAAUGGGAUUAAGGCGUGAUCUAUGGCCGGAUGAUAGAGGGAUUUACCACCUUGCUUUGUUUUCACUAACACGCAACACCAAAAAGCUGUUUCUUAAAACUUUGAAGAAUGUAAGGGUACCAGACGGUUACUCAAGUAACAUUUCCAGAUGCAUUGAUGAAGUGCAACAAAAGAUAUUUGGGUUAAAAAGUCAUGAUUGUCAUAUUAUAAUGGAACAAUUGCUACCAUUAGCAAUUCGUAAUUUGUUACCAAACCAUGUUAUCGCAGUCUUGGUGGAGUUUUGUUCAUUUUUCAGAGUCCUUUGUAGUAAAAGCUUAAAUCUUCCUGAACUUCAAAUACUCCAAGACCGCAUUGUGUCCACACUUUGCCAUUUAGAAAUGUUAUUUCCUCCAUCAUUCUUCACAGUUAUGAUUCAUUUGACUGUGCAUCUAGUAGAGGAAGCAAAACUUGGAGGUGCGGUUCAUUACAGAUAUAUGUAUCCUGUGGAGAGGGAAUUGGAUCAUUUGAAGUCCUUUGUACGUAACAAGGCCCAACCCGAAGGUUCUAUAGCUGAAGGGUACUUAGCUGAAGAAUCUCUUAAUUUUUGUUCACGAUACCUUGAAGAUAUAGAGACAAGAUUCAACCGACCUAGACGUGUUUGUGAUGAAAUAAAUGAGCCUUCUUAUGCUUCCACCAUCUUUCGUCAAAUGGGUAAACCAGUAGGGGCUUCAUCAAAUUUCACUCUAUCUCAAAUGCAAAAACAACAGGCUCAUCGCUAUGUGCUUCUAAAUUGCAAAACAGUCACACCAUUUAUUGAGGAAUUUAGACAAUUCUUAAAGAGGAGUUUAAGGUCAAGAAGGCCAUCAGCUACAGAUAUUGAAAAGAGAGUAAGUAGAGAAUUUGUUGGUUGGUUUGAAAAACGGAUUUUGAACCCAUAAGCAAUAAGGACUAUGCCAAUUGAUAUGAAGUUUCUAGCUCGAGGACCAUUGGACAAUGCAAGAAGAUUUCGUGCAUACAAUGUUAAUGGGUACAAAUUUCGAACCUUAGCUCGAGAAGAGGGGUUAAAAACACAAAAUAGUGGUGUGUUUUUAACAUCCAACACAUCUUGUGUUUCGAGUUGUGCUGAUAAGAACUUAAGACAAGCAAACUUGCCUUAUUAUGGGAAGUUAGAAGAUAUUAUUGAGAUUAACUAUUAUGGUCAGUUUAAGGUUGUUCUUUUUAAAUGUAAGUGGGCAGAUACAACAAGGGAUAGAGGGUAUAAAAAAGAUCCUUGGAAUUUUAAUUGUGUUAAUUUUGAUAGAUUAAUUCAUACUGGUGAUCGUGAAGACCAUGAUCCCUAUAUUGAAGCAUCUCAAGCACAAAUGGUGUAUUAUGUAGAUGAUGUGGUCAAUGAAGGAUGGAGUGUUGCUGUGCAUUUAAAACCAAGAGAUUUAUAUGAAAUGGGUGAGGAAGUCGAAGAGGCUGGAUAUGUAAAUGAGCCAUACCAAGAGCAACUACUUGAGAAAAUUGGAAAUAUUGAUGAUGAGUAUGCUCAACUGGCUACAAAUGAUAUAAAUGAUGAUAUGAUUGACACUAAUUUGGCUUCUAACUUGGAAACAUCUUCACACAUGUCCCAAUAGAAAAUAAUAUGUAUUAUACUUUAUUUAAAGCCAUGGUAAAGGUCAAACACUUCCAAAAUCCACUAAAGUCAGCACCUCCACAACAAUGUUCUACAAAUCAUGUGAUUCAAGAUGUGGUUCAUCCUUCACCAUCACCUCCACAACAAUGUUCUACAAAUCAUGUGAUUCAAGAUGUGGUUCAUCCUUCACCGAUGCCAAAUCCUAGAGAGUCCACACAAUUUGCUCAAGACACUUCUCAUGCUUCAUUGAACCAUUCAACACCAAUAGAUUCAUCUUGAACUCAUGAUAUCCCACAAGAAUCUCAAGUGCCUUCACAAUGUGUUAGGCGAGAGUCUAACACACAUUGGUGUGUUCAAGUUAUAGAUAUUAAAGAAGUCAUCAAGAAGAUCAAGAUCAAGGUUAAGGAAGUCAAUAACUUACCCCAAGAAGAACGCAUAAUUGUGGAAUUUGAUGCACAAGGGAUUGCAUAUGGUGAUGCUCAAGCGGUACUUGCGGGAUAUUGUAGUUAUUUGGCAAUUGAUUGCAAGCUGUUUCCUAUCAACUUUGAAAGGUGGU